AUGACGACAGAAAAGAUUACGCCAGUUUCUGCCCCACCGAAUGCAUUGCACCUCGAGCAGCCCUCAUACAUCAAGAGAGUAUCGCCGAAACCGGCUUCUGAAUUGGAGCAACAGUCGUUGGCGGCAACCGACGACGUUGUUACUGUCAAAGCGUGGGUCGUGGUCUUUGUACUCUCGGCCUCAUAUGGCAUCUCAUUUUGGGUUAUUCCUAGUAUCAGCACCGCAUCAGCCACCAUCGCGACCCAGCUGGGUAACCCUGCCGACGCCGUGUGGUUCACGUCCGUCUAUACUCUGGCCCUCACUGUGGCUUUUCUACUCUGCGGAGCCAACUCUGAUCUUUUUGGGCGCCGUUGGUUUAUUCUGGGAGGUUCAGCCAAAUCAACGAAGACGGUCAUUGCGGCCAUGACCAUCAUCGGCUUUGGUGGCGGCAACUGCCAAUUGGCUGCUUUUGCCUUGCCCGAGCUUCUCCCUAACAAGUGGCGUCAUAUUGGUGUUGCACUAGCCGAUGGAUUUACCAUUGGAACCAUCAUUAUCGGGCCUGUGGGAGCACGAUACGCUAUUAUUUCCGGUGACGGCUGGCGCUGGCUGUAUUACGGUCCAGCUAUUGGCGCAGCUAUUUCAUUUGGCCUGCUCUUUAUGCUAUACUACCCGCCAAAGCAUCCUAGAGGAGUUCCAUGGCGUCAGGCUGUCCGUGAUUUAGACUAUUUCGGAGGCCUUUUGUUCACCGUGGCCGUGAGCCUAAUCUUGACCGGGAUAGUUUACACGAGUAUUUUACCGGCUUCCAGCCCAACGGUAAUCGGCCUCCUAGUCAGUGGUUUUGGGGCAUUGAUUAUAUUUGCUCUUUGGGAGACAUUUGCAUCCUUGAAGCAACCACUCACACCGCCACGCGUUUUCGCCAAAAAUUAUGGCCGUGAUCUUACUGCUCCGUGCGUCGUCGGAUUUGUUGUAACUAUGUUCUACUACGGAGCUAACGUCGUAUACCCUACGAUGAUAUCCGUAUUCUUCACUACGGCGACGAGCGACUUUCGCCGAGCUAUUUACCUAUCUCUCCCGCAAGGAUUUGGUUUACUGGUCGGCACGAUCCUUUUAUCUUAUUUUGGCGGUAGGGUUGGCCACUGGAGAUGGACCCUGACCGGUGCCGUCACGCUCAUGACAUUCUGGGGAGCUCUUCUUGCCCUAGGGACACCGGCCCGGAAAGGACUAGUCAUUGCCUGCUUCUUCCUCUCUAACGUCGCAUAUGGCUGGGCGCAAUUCCUCUCCAUCACUUUCAUCCAGUUUGGCACAGAUCAAGUAGAGUUGGGGAUUGCUGGGGGCCUUGCUGGAGUCUUUCGGUCGGCUGGCGGGUCGCUCGCCGUCGCCGUAUAUUCCACCAUUCUUGGCAAUACACAAUCUGCCAGCGCAGCCAAACUGGUUCCUGAAGCCGUCACACGUGCGGGCCUCAACCCACUCGACGUGCCUGCAGUUUUAAAAGCGUUGCCACUUGGUUCUACCGCCCUCUUUAAAGUCCCGGGCAUGACCGCGGCGAUUGUCGAAGCUGCGGAAGUCGCGCUCCAGAACAGCUAUGUCCAUGGGUUUAAGAUAACGGAACUGAGCGCCCUUGCUUUCGGCGUGGUUGGCAUCAUUGCCAGCAUUUGCUGCAGCGACAUAGGGCCUAAGAUGACGCCGAAGAUCGAGGUGUUUUUGGAGAACGACGUCGAGGCGGAGAAGAACAAGUUCCACUGAGAAAGAAAAGAAGAGAUAGACGAGGCAAGGUAAGGUGCAGACAGUAUACUAUUGACCGACUCUACCUACUAUCCUACUCGUUGAUGGGCAUCGAAAACUCCA